AUGGAAAACCGCACCAACCCGUACGGCCAUCCCGUCGGACUUCUGCCGCCUUGGGCUCUGGAGGUUUGCUCCACACAGGCAGCACAUCACGAGUCCCCCUGGCUGGGGUUAUUUGGCCAUCUUAGAAAAAUCGAUUGGCUCAACUUGAGGUGUGGUCCGACCCCCGUGACCUCGAGCGAUGGUACAGUUUUCCAAUGCUCCGGUCGCCCAACCGCGGACAUUUCGGUCACCCCGCUCGGGCGGAGGCUGAUGCUCUCUUUCGACCGGCUCGCCUCGGUGCGUGGGAAGUGUGCUCUUUACGGCUACUACUGGAAUAUACUCAGAAUUGAGCUCCGCACUGACGAGAUCCUGCUGGUCGACCCUGCGUACUCGUUCGACACCGAUGCGCCAAAAACCACUUUCGAGACUGCCAGGCAGGUCUGGCUAUCGCCCGAACUUGGGCUUCAGCAGUUUUGCCAAAGGCUAUCGGGAGUCAGCCGGAUGAUAUUUGGCCUGGCCCACACAGAACAAGCUUCGGAGGAGCGGGUGUUCCUUGCGGCAGAAAUAUCUGGCCGCAUCGAAAAAGUCCUUGGGCCACCGGCGGUUUCUAGUGCACUGCACAGCUUCUCUCCCCCUCUAAAGCCAGAAUAUGUUUCCUUCCGGGGGCUAUGA